GCUCGAAAAAAAAUUAUUCGUCUACUGUUAGCAUUCUCUGACUGAAUUUUAGUCGAUUUCAAAAAUGACUGGUCGUGGUAAAGGAGGAAAAGGUCUGGGAAAAGGAGGAGCUAAGCGCCAUCGUAAAGUGUUGCGUGACAACAUCCAGGGCAUCACCAAACCUGCCAUCCGCCGUUUGGCUCGUCGUGGCGGAGUUAAGCGUAUCUCUGGCUUGAUUUACGAGGAGACCCGCGGUGUCUUGAAAGUGUUCCUUGAAAACGUCAUCCGUGAUGCUGUGACCUACACUGAACAUGCCAAAAGGAAGACCGUCACUGCCAUGGACGUCGUCUACGCUCUCAAGCGUCAAGGACGCACUCUUUACGGCUUUGGAGGAUUACUAGCUAAUUCGAAAACUUCUGCACCCAAAUAUUCCAUGACAGCAGCCAGAUAAACAGGAGCUCCAGCACCGACACGUUCGGUAUAGUCAUCCUUGCGAAGGAGAUGAUGGAUACGUCCAACGGGGAAUUUGUCCACGGGGAAUAGUCCAGCUUUGGUUGAUCAAGUCUUUGACUUUCCUUUGACUUUGCCACCACCUUUGCCACGUCCAGACAUAAUGAAUAAUAGAAUUGAGAUCGCACAAACGAGAAAAUUCAAGUUUUAUUUUCAAAGAAUGAGAACGAGAAUGAUGGAAGGGACCUCCUCCGUUGUGCCCUUCCGAGUUUCUUUCAUAGUAAGGAAGUUUGCUUGUGAUAACUAUUCAGGCAUUUUACACGAAUUAUUGCGUGACUGAGCUUGGCGGGAUAGAUAUACUGUGUCAGGUUCUAAAACUUGUGAAUUAAAUUUCUUGAUGUUUCUACAACAUAAAACAGAAGAUUUUAGAAGGUAUUAUUGUAUUGGAAAAUA